AUGGUCAAGUCAUCUGUGUCAUUCGCGGCGUCGGCGGCUCUCCUCAUGGUGGCUGCAAACGCCGCUUACCGGCCCAACGGCAAAUGGCCAACCAGCACGGGAAAGGUCAAGUACACGGAGCCGUACAUCAUCAAGGCCGGCGAAGUCUUUGACGGCAAGAUGCAGACGUUUGAUCGCUCCGAUAUCUCGUGCACGGGUGGUGAGGGUCAGAAGGACUCGGCCGUGUUUCUCGUCGAGGCCGGUGGCACCCUCAAAAACGCCAUCAUCGGCAAGCACCAGAAGGAGGGUGUGCACUGCAGCAAGAGCGACUGCACUAUUGAGAAUGUAUGGUGGGACGACGUGUGCGAGGACGCGUUAAGCAUCAAGGGUGGCUCGCCGUCCAGCGUGUCCACCAUCACCAACUGCGGCGCGCGUUACGCCGAGGACAAGGUGGUGCAGCACAACGGCUAUGGCACCGUCAAGAUCAAAGGCUUUUUUGCACAGGAGUUUGGCCAGCUAUACCGCUCCUGUGGCACGUGCGGUGACAUUCCUCGCACGGUGACGGUGGAAGACGUGUACGCUGUUGAUCCCAAAGUUAUUGUGACGGUGAACAAGAACUACGGCGACCAGGCCACUUUGAAAAACAUCCAUGUCAAGACAACCAAUGGUAAGGACGACGUGAAGGUGUGUCGGUGGUCACAAGGAAGCAAAAAUCCAGCAAUUUUGGGCAAUGGCCCGUCGGGUACGCUGUGCGACUACUCGGAGAGCGACAUUCACAUCAACAACAAAAGUCCUCAGACGGAACAGAGUAUCCCAUCGACUAGCGGUCCGUAUUCGGAAGUGGCCCAAUCUGAAAAAAUGAGUGAUGCGCCGUCGGUUAGCACGUCGUCUUCACCACAAGACCCUCCUAACUCAUCUACAAAUUCUUCGGAGACAAUAACUUCAGGAACGGGUUCGACCACGGAAUACAGCGACUCCGAGCAAUCGGCUUCGAGCACUGAUAAUAGUUAUGUGAAGCCGCAGAACAUCACUGACGAUGCGACGGACAAAGCUGAUGUUUUGAUGGACGAUGGUGACGAGCCGGCAGACGGUUUGGAGGCGACGGGUUCAAAAAUGGGUUUGACCACUGAAACCGGCGACUCCGAGCAAUCAACUUCAAGCUAUAUGAAGCCGCAGAAAAUAAACGUCACCAAAAAAUCGAAGGACAACGCCGCAAUCCGGAAGGAGGAUGUGGUCACGAAAGACUACGCUGACGAAUCAGUAGACACUUUGGAGGCAACGGGUUCAGAUACGGGUUCGACAAAGGAAACUAGCAACUCAGAGAAAUUGGGUCUAGACAAUGAUUAUAGCCCAACGAAGGAGAACGAACGUUUUGGACGCGACGACCACAGAAACGGACUCGACCGCAGAAACCAGGAUCGAAUUGGUUUAGGCAAUGAUUAUAGCCCAACGAAGUCGCAGAACGUCACCAAAGAAAAGAGGGAUAACGCCAAGGCUCCGAUGGACAAUGUUGACGAACCGGUAUACGCUUUGGAGUCGAAGGCUUUAGAAACGGGAUCGACUUCGAACCUCAGUGACUCGAAGCAAUUGACUGGUGUUAACCAAGUGGACCAACAGGACCUCGCCGACGAAGCCAUGGACGACGCCAAGGUCCCGAAGGACGACGAACCGGCGGACUACGCCGAAGUUCCCACAGGCUAUGAUGACGAAUCCGACGGACUAAGCUGA